AUGUAAAUUAAUUUUUGCACUCCAUAGUUCUUCUUUAAUAUUUCUCAAAAGUUCCCAUUUGUUGUUUAUGAUUUUAGAGAAAAUCAAAAUGGCUACUUAAAAAAUAGUGUUCACUUAUCAAAUCUGGAUGAUGAUAUGGAGACAAUAUCAGAUUUUUAAAAGUAUCUUGAGUAUCCAGAAUAAAUAUCUGAGAGACAGAAAUUAGAAAAAUUGUUUAACAAUAGAAAGAGGAUUUAUAAUUUUUUUGUUUCAUUUGAUACUUCAGACAUGUUCAGUUUGAUUUUUAAGCAAAAAGUUAAAGUUGAAGGAUCAUAAGUUUCAGACUAAUUCUCUAUUUCUGCAGAUUUAGUUAUUUAAAUGUGGCAGGAAGUUGAUAAAAUGACCAAGAAAGAUAAUACACUUAAAAAGAAAAACCGAGCUUAGACAUUAAUGUUAUAACCUAUUAAUGAUGAAAUUAAUGAAGGUGAUUCACAAUAAAAUUUAUUUUAUUUAGGAAUAAAAUAGCCUAUAGUAUCAAGUAGAAGAUUUCUUGAAUAUCAUGGUAACAAUUUGUUUUUAAUUUAAAGAAACCACAAUUUCAAACGGUCCAAAGAUUAAAUAUAGAUCAGUUAGUCAACCAAAGUUAGAAGGUUCAGGAAAUGAUUGUAUAUAUUCUAAUUCAGAGCUAUUUGAAGCAACUUUGAAAGCAUAUGAAAUAUUUUUAAAAGAGAAAAUUAGACAAAUUUUCAUAGUUUUGGACCCUAUACAAAUUAUUUUUGCGAAUUAUCCUUUUUUAAAUUAUAGUUUAGUUCGUAAUAGAGGCUUUUUAGAUAAAACAUUUCCUAAUGAAAUAAUAGAAAAAAAAUUAUAUUUAGGUAAUGGUGAGCAUGCUAAAGAUACUGAAAUGUUAAUAGAUAUUUUAGGAAUAACACAUGUAGUUAAUUCGACAGUUGAGAUUAAGAAUUAUAGUAAUUAAUGUAAUAGAUAUAAUAUAUAUAAAUAAUAGUAAAAUAUUUAAAAAUAGAAAUUUAUGAUGAACCUCAUGUUUGUGUGAAGUAAUAUUUUGAUUAAGUUUAUUAAUUCAUUGAUAAUGCAUUAUAGGAAAAUGGAAAGGUUUAUUGUUUUCUUUAUAAGAAUUAAGGUUUUUAUACAUUGUGCUUAAGGUAAAUCAAGAUCUGCAUGUUUUACUGUAAUGUAUUUAAUGAGAAAAAAUGAAUGGCCAUUUGAAUAAGCAUAUGAUUAUGUGAGAGAAUGUAGAGAAGAUGUUUGUAUUAAUGAAGGAUUUAUAAAUUAAUUGAUUGAUUGAUAAUAUGAUUGAU